AAGAGGGCAAGGCAACGUCGCCGAUCUCUACGAUCGAAGCAGCGGAAUGUGGAACCUCGCUCGAGCGGCAUGGAAUCUGCGGCAGGCGCGGCGGUUGUCGAUGUCGAUCCCAGGGCCUUGCAUCGUCCACAAGCGCGGCACCGACAUCCUCCACGACCCUUGGUUCAAUAAGGAUACUGGUUUUCCUUUGACAGAAAGAGAUCGGCUUGGGCUUCGUGGUCUCCUUCCUCCUCGUGUUAUAUCGUUUAAGCAACAAUAUGAGCGUUUUAUGAAUUCAUAUCGAUCUCUAGAGCAUAAUACCAGAGGUGCAUCUGAUGCUGUUGUGUCUUUAGCCAAGUGGAGGAUUUUGAACAGGCUGCAUGACAGAAAUGAGACACUGUACUACAGGGUUCUCAUUGAUAACAUCAAGGAAUUUGCUCCAAUUGUUUACACUCCAACUGUAGGUUUGGUGUGUCAAAAUUAUGGUGGCUUAUAUAGACGUCCACGUGGCAUGUAUUUCAGCGCAAAGGACAAAGGAGAGAUGAUGUCCAUGAUAUAUAAUUGGCCAUCUCACCAGGUAGACAUGAUAGUGGUGACAGAUGGGAGCCGUAUUCUUGGUCUUGGUGAUCUUGGAGUUCAAGGUAUUGGAAUCCCCAUUGGAAAACUUGACAUCUAUGUUGCAGCUGCUGGAAUCAAUCCACAAAAGAUACUUCCAGUUAUGUUGGAUAUGGGGACCAAUAAUCAGAAGCUUCUUGAAGAUAAUCUUUAUUUGGGACUGCGACAGCCUAGGCUGGAGGGAGAUGAGUACUUGUCUAUUGUUGAUGAAUUUAUGGAAGCUGCAUUUGCACGUUGGCCAAAGGCAGUCAUACAGUUUGAGGACUUCCAAAUGAAGUGGGCAUUUGAAACUCUCCAGCGGUAUCGUCAAAGAUUUUGCAUGUUUAAUGAUGAUAUACAGGGAACUGCUGGUGUUGCUCUAGCUGGACUACUUGGUGCUGUUAGAUCACAGGGACGACCUCUGAAGGACUUUGUGAAGCAAAAGAUUGUUGUGGUAGGAGCUGGAAGUGCAGGAAUAGGUGUGCUCAACAUGGCUAAAAAGGCUAUUUCUAGAAUGUGUGGAAGCAGUGGAAAUGUGGAAGCAAACCAGUUCUGGCUGCUUGACAAAAAUGGUCUCAUUACAAAGUACAGGAAGGACAUUGAUCCUGCUGCUGCUCCUUUUGCUCGAGGCUAUGGUCCAGAAGAAGCUGAGGGACUCACAGAAGGUGCUAGUCUACUGGAAGUAGUCAAAAAAGUGAAGCCCCAUGUGCUUUUAGGUUUGUCAGGAGUAGGUGGUAUCUUUAAUGAGGAGGUGCUUAGGGCUAUGCAAGAUUCUGAUGCCUCUCGCCCUGCAAUAUUUGCUAUGUCAAAUCCCACAAUGAAUGCUGAAUGCACUCCCAAGGAUGCAUUCAAGUAUUCCGGAGAUAAUAUAAUUUUUGCUAGUGGAAGCCCUUUUGAUAAUGUAGAUUUAGGAAAUGGUAAAGUAGGCUAUGUCAACCAAGCAAAUAAUAUGUAUCUGUUUCCUGGGAUUGGUUUAGGCGCUCUUCUUUCAGGUGCUCAUAUUAUUUCAGAUGGGAUGCUUCAAGCUGCAUCUGAAUGCCUUGCGUCAUAUAUCACAGAUGAAGAUAUCCAACAAGGAGUCAUCUUCCCUUCUAUCUCUAGUAUAAGGCAUAUUACGAUGCAAGUUGGGGCAGCUGUGGUAUGCACAGCUGUUGCUGAAGGCCUUGCCGAAGGGCAUGGUAAAGUGGAUCUCAAGGAGCUCUCGCACAUGUCAAAGGAAGAGACAGUGGAGUAUGUAGCUCGCAAUAUGUGGUACCCCGUUUACAGCCCUCUUGUUCAAGAGAAAUGAAGUGGCCAUUGUCAGCGGAUGCAGCCAUUUUGUGGGGCUGUUCGUUUUCUCGGCCCCCCGCUUUUUCCAAAUAAAGAAAUAUCAUAUGUAAGAAGUUUUGAAACUUAAAUAUUCAGCACGCAGUAUUUUUUUCAUGUCGAUGCUAAAAGCCUUACUAAUCUAAUAAGAUUCUAACAUGUGACGAA